CCAGCUCGGGGGAUGUGAGAGCCCAAGCCUCCAUCGGCUUGCCAAGCACCGGAUCGGCUCGGGAUUUGGCAGUCAGGUCCCGGCCCCAGCGCCACCAGCUCGGGACGCACCGGGCGACCGAGGCCACACUGCAAGUUCGGGCCGGACGGCGGCCGCCAGCGCACUCGGGCUCGGCUUCGCUGCGCGCCCAGAAGAUGAAUCCAGCCUCGGCACCCCCUCCGCUCCCGCCGCCCGGGCAGCAAGUGAUCCACGUCACGCAGGACCUCGACACAGACCUUAAAGCCCUCUUCAAUUCGGUCAUGAACCCCAAGCCCAGCUCCUGGCGGAAGAAGAUCCUGCCCGAGUCUUUCUUCAAGGAGCCAGAUUCGGGCUCGCACUCCCGCCAGUCCAGCACCGACUCGUCCGCCGGCCACCCGGGGCCCCGGCUGCCCGGCGGCGCCCAGCACGUCCGCUCGCAUUCGUCGCCCGCGUCCCUGCAGCUGGGCACCGGCGCGGGCGCUGCGGCCAGCCCGGCGCCUCAGCAUGUACACUACUGCCAGCGAUCUUACGACUUGACCGAGGAGCCGCCGCUGCCCCCGGGCUGGGAGAUGGCCUUCACGGCCACUGGCCAGAGGUACUUUCUCAAUCACAUAGAAAAAAUCACCACCUGGCAAGACCCUAGGAAGGCGAUGAAUCAACCCCUGAAUCCCAUGAACGUCCAUGCUGCCGUCUCUUCCACCCCGGUGCCUCCGCAGAGAUCCAUGGCAGUGGCCCAGCCGAACUUCGUCAUGAAUCAUCAGCACCAGCAGCCCAUGACCCCUAGCACCCUGAGCCAGCAGAGCCACCCUGCUCAGAACCCACCGGCGACCGGGCUCAUGAGCAUGCCCAGUGCGCUCACCACUCAGCAGCAGCAGCAGCAGAAACUGCAGCUCCAGAGGAUCCAGAUGGAAAGAGAGCGGAUUCGGAUGCGCCAGGAGGAGCUCAUGAGGCAGGAGGCUGCUCUCUGCAGACAGCUGCCCAUGGAAGCGGACACUCUGGCCACGGUUCAGGCUGCGGUCAACCCACCUGCCAUGACUCCCGACAUGAGGUCUGUCACCAAUAACAGCUCAGACCCCUUCCUCAAUGGAGGGCCCUACCACUCCCGGGAGCAGAGCACCGACAGCGGCCUGGGGUUAGGGUGCUACAGCGUCCCCACAACUCCAGAGGACUUCCUCAGCAAUGUGGAGGAGAUGGAUACAGGAGAAAAUGCAGGUCAGACACCUAUGAGCAUCAACCCCCAGCAGACCCGUUUCCCAGAUUUCCUUGACUGUCUUCCCGGGACGAACGUUGACUUAGGAACGCUGGAAUCUGAAGAUCUGAUCCCUCUCUUCAACGAUGUCGAGUCUGCUCUGAACAAAAGCGAGCCUUUUCUGACCUGGCUGUGACCACUACUGUUGUAACGUGGGUGCAGCUGGGACCUGACGUUUCCUGGGCCUCUUGGAAAAAGCCAUGGAGCAGAGCAAGCGUGCGUGCGCAGGUGCUCCCCUCUCUGCCUCCACGACUCAUGCUCACUCCCUCCUUCCCACGGGGCCAGCCUAAUCAUUGCCUGGUUUGCAUCAACACUCACUUAAGCUAAACAGAAAUGCAUAUUCUAUCUUCAUUUUCUGCAAGCCUGCAUUCCUCUGAAAGAAUACGCAGAGUUGCCCCCGCUCUGUCUAUCUCUCUAUCUCCCUCUAUCUAUCUGCUCUCCCACGGCCAAACUUUCUGGGUGUUAGGUGAAAUUCAUCCAUCACUUGAGUACAAACCAUUCAGACAGGCAAUUUGGUCCAGGAAAUGGGCAGAAAAUUAGAUCUGAUUUACGGUUUCAAAGGCUAUACUGAUGAUGAUAGCAGUUCCAAAUGCUUUAAAAAUCUUUUUAACUUGAGCUUUAGAACAACAACAACAACAAAAAAAAUCAUUCUAUGGCUGGUAAGAUUCUGCUGUGUGGGAUACAAUGCAGUUUUGAAGCCCUGCUGGCUCUGAGAGCUCUUUUACUGCGCACGUACCAUAGCAUGCCUCGUCCUGCCUGCUCCAUUCCUUUCGGCUGCAUGGUAUCCAGAUGGCAUUGGACUGCCAGCGGGAGGCCCCCAGCCGUGGCCGUCAUGGUCUUACACCUCUGAGCUUAGCAAAGAGACCAGUUUGGUACUAAUUACAAACAUGAGUGGAUCAAAACUUUUACAAGUUGGAUCUUUUUUAAAAUGGUGGCUAAGAAUUUGAUAAUUUUAUCGAGCAAUGUAAUUUUGUUGUCGAGGGCAAAGGGCAGUCAGAUAUUGGCAGAUCAAGCAGCGGCAGCUUUUUGUCUUUACAACUCUGCUGAAAGCACACUCAACAAGCUGUUGCUUUUCAAUUCUGCUUUUAAGAUGUCAAGUGUUUAAAAUAAUCCUAUCUAUGAAACUGUGUGAAGGAUGAAGCAGAAGCCUAUGGUGGAGACAUAUGUUUCUGAAUUCAGCAAAAUUGAUUGCUAAGUGUAUUAGCCUAAUCCUGUUUGCUAUAGUUGGUAUCAAAAGGCAUGACCUAUGUACUCAAUACCUCUUAUGUAACCAAAAACCAUUGUUUAUUCGCUUUGAAGGACUGAGAGCGCGUCAUGUUGAGCUGGCACGCCAUCUAUUUGCAUGGCCAAUGAAGUCCUCAACUGUUGAAUAUUUUGAACUGACAUUAUUUAUAGUCUAUGAAUUUAAUCUUUUGUUUGAAAUUCAUUCGUAAUUCAGGUCUCUGAGAGGAACCUUUCAAUUCCCAACUGCGGGGAGCUUAUUUGUUGGGGAUGUUUUUUUGAGGUCCUGAUGGAUCGACAGGACUGUAGGUCUACAGAGCGGAUUUGAUCUUGUGGGCAAGAAGGCAAGUGCAGAGGUGGGAGACGAGGUGGAGCCGACAUGGGAUGCGGUGGGCACGGUGCCUGUUGUGAAAUGGAAAGGGACAAGGGAUAGGAUUCCCCCUCCCCCCAGAGCAAGUCGGGCAGGAGGUAGGAGAGGGGACCCCAAAGGACAGAGCAGCGAUUCUCUUCUGCAGCAUUUCUACCCGAAGAAUUUUCUUGUCGGAGAAACGAAGGCUUUGGUGCACUUUUCGUGGGACGCAGAGGGGCAGGGCUGGUGCUGGGUGCCCUGUCCAGGCUGAAGAAGUAGGCAGAGAAGAGCGUGGACCUGCUGCGGCCUCUGACACCAUGGAGGGAUGUCCUUUACCCCGAAGGACCCGUGCUUUAUGUCCCCUGUUCCUUCCUUUUGUGUCCUUGGAGCAGUUGAGGAUGGUGUUUCUCUUGCUACUACAUCGAAAAGGAGCGCUAUAUCUUUUUCUCUUUUGUUAGCAAAAAUUGCAAAAAGAGUUGUACAUUCUUUCUAAGAAA